UCAGGGGAAAUACCUACCUAUCGUCUCGUGGUUUGAACGAGACAGACAGACAUGCAGACUGUCAUUUGUGACUCUCUCUCUCUCUCUCUCUCUCUCUCUCUCUCUCUCUCUCUCUCUCUCUCUCUCUCACACACACACACACACACACACACAGGAGAGAACAACAAAUAUAUACAACAUUCAUAAUAAUAAUGAUAAUUGGUAACGUGAGCUGAGACCUUUCGAGUAAUCUUGUCGAGAAAUGAGUCAGAGAUAAGCGAGCGACGUCAGGAACCAUCCCGGCACGUCCUACAUGAUAUACUUAGAUGGACAGAUAACUUGAUGGUAGGUUGGAUUAAGUAGGUAGGUAGGUAGGUGAGCAGGUUAGAUUAAGUAGGUAGGUAGGUAGGAAUAAAUAGCUAGGUGGGCAGGUUGGAUUAAGUAGAUAUAUAAGUAGGUAUGUAGUAGAUAUGUAGGUAGAUGUAUAAACAAACACGGAUAAAAAAAGUGUUGGUAUGUAUAAUAUAAUAUUACCUAUACAUGUGGAUAAAUACAUUAUAUUGAUUAUAUAUAAUUAGUACUAAACGUCAGAAAUUCCAAUAUGAGUAUAUUCAUGCAAAAAUCAUCCACACCUCUCUUGUUACUGUUUUUUAUAAAUAAAGUAAUAACAGUAGUGAUAGUGGUAGUUGUAGUAGUGGUCAUGAUUAUAAUAAUUACAUAAAUUUACGUAAAUAUGAUUGCAGAAAUUAAGUGAAGAUGAUAGUAAUAAUAAUAAUAUUAAUAAUAAUAAUAAUAGCAAUAAUAGUUCAAUAACAGUACAAUAAUUAUAAUGAUAGUAGUCAUAAUACCGUCCUCAGUGAUUACUCUCAAGAUAAUGAUAUGGGAAUGAUUUCACUUUCGGUUUAUCUUCAAAGGGAAGGAGAGAGAGAGAGAGAGAAAUAAUCUUAGGUGCUCUUGAGGCAAGCUGAGUAACCAGGGAUUAGAAAAUCCUUAAGUGAAGCUUUAUUUCUUGAGAGUCCUCCUUUGGAUCUUGAGCGUGAGUAAGCGUAAGCGUGUCUCUGAAAGCUUUAAUUCACGUGAGAGAAUGAUUGGUGCGUGCGCGAUAAGCUUUGGUUUUGAAGCUUAAAAUUCCUCGGUGCUAAGUUCUGUUGAUCCUCGGAAUAAAAUCGUGACUCUGAAGCUUUGAUCCGCUUGGGAAAAACUUGGCCGCCCGGAAGAUAAGCUGGACUAGUGGGACAGACUCGGCAGUCAUGUGGAGAGUGCCAGCGUGAUGGGUGGAACAGGCUCAGCAGUCAUGUGGAGAGUGCCAGUGUGAUAGGGUGGAACAGGCUCAGCAGUCAUGUGGAGAGUGCCAGUGUGAUAAGGUGGAACAGGCUCAGCAGUUAUGUGGAGAGUGCCAGUGUGAUAAGAUGGAACAUGCUUAGCAGUCAUGUGGAGAGUGCCAGCGUGAUAAGGUGGAACAUGCUUGGCAGUCAUGUGGAGAGUGCCAGUGUGAUAAGGUGGAACAUGCUUGGCAGUCAUGUGGAGAGUGCCAGUGUGAUUAGGUGGAACAUGCUUGGCAGUCAUGUGGAGAGUGCCAGUGUGAUAAGGUGGAACAUGCUUGGCAGUCAUGUGGAGAGUGCCAGUGUGAUAAGGUGGAACAUGCUUGGCAGUCAUGUGGAGAGUGCCAGCGUGAUAUGGUGGAACACGCUUGGCAGUCAUGUGGAGAGUGCCAGCGUGAUAUGGUGGAACAUACUUGGCAGUCAUGUGGAGAAUGCCAGCGUGAUUUGGUGGAACAUGCUUGGCAGUCAUGUGGAGAGUGCCAGCUUGAUAUGGUGGAACAUGCUUGGCAGUCAUGUGGAGAGUGCCAGCGUGAUAUGGUGGAACAUGCUUGGCAGUCAUGUGGAGAGUGCCAGCGUGAUAUGGUGGAACAUACUUGGCAGUCAUGUGGAGAGUGCCAGCGUGAUAUGGUGGAACAUACUUGGCAGUCAUGUGGAGAGUGCCAGUGUGAUAAGGUGGAACAGGUUUGGCAGUCAUGCGGAGAGUGCCAGUGUAAUAAAGUGGAACAGGCUCGACAGUCCUGUGCAAAGUGCUAGCGGUAAAGUGGAACAGAUUUGGCCGUGUGGAGAGUGGCACCAUCAAAAGUGGAACGGCCUUGGCAGUCCUGUGGAGAGUGCCUGCGUGAAAAGGUGGAACAGGCCCGGCAGUUAUGUGGAGAGUGCCUGCAUGAAAAGGUGGAACGGCCUUGGCAGUCCUGUGGAGAAUGCCAGCGUGAAAAGGUGGAACAGGCCCGGCAGUCAUGUGGAGAGUGCCAGUGUGAUAAGGUGGAACAGGCCCGGCAGUCAUGUUGAGAGUGCCAGCGUGAUGGGUGGAACAGGCUCGGCAGUCAUGUGGAGAGUGCCAGUGUGAUAAGGUGGAACAAGCCUGGCAGUCAUGUGGAGAGUGCCAGUGUGAUAAGGUGGAACACGCCCGGCAAUCAUGUGGAGAGUGCCAGUGUGAUAAGGUGGAACGGCCUGGGCAGUCAUGUGGAGAGUGCCAACGUGAUAAGGUGGAACAGGCUUGGCAGUCAUGUGGAGAGUGCCAACGUGAUAAGGUGGAACAGGCUUGGCAGUCAUGUGGAGAGUGCCAGCGUGAUAAGGUGGAACAGGCUUGGCAGUCAUGUGGAGAGUGCCAGCGUGAUAAGGUGGAACAGGUUUGGCAGUCAUGUGGAGAGUGCCAGCGUGAUAAGGUGGAACAGGCUUGGCAGUCAUGUGGAGAGUGCCAACGUGAUAAGGUGGAACAGGCUUGGCAGUCAUGUGGAGAGUGCCAGCGUGAUAAGGUGGAACAGGCUUGGCAGUCAUGUGGAGAGUGCCAACGUGAUAAGGUGGAACAGGCUUGGCAGUCAUGUGGAGAGUGCCAGCGUGAUAAGGUGGAACAGGCUUGGCAGUCAUGUGGAGAGUGCCAAUGUGAUAAGGUGGAACAGGCUUGGCAAUCAUGUGGAGAGUGCCAACGUGAUAAGGUGGAACAGGUUUGACAGUCAUGUGGAGAGUGGAAAUGUAAUUGGGUGGAACAGGCUUGGCAGUCAUGUGGAGAGUGCCAGCGUGAUAAGGUGGAACAGGUUUGGCAGUCAUGUGGAGAGUGCCAGCGUGAUAAGGUGGAACAGGCUUGGCAGUCAUGUGGAGAGUGCGAGCGUGAUAAGGUGGAACAGGCUUGGCAGUCAUGUGGAGAGUGCCAAUGUGAUAAGGUGGAACAGGCUUGGCAGUCAUGUGGAGAGUGCCAAUGUGAUAAGGUGGAACAGGCUUGGCAGUCAUGUGGAGAGUGCCAGCGUGAUAAGGUGGAACAGGCUUGGCAGUCA